AUGUUCGUAGAUGCGCAUACCAAAGUGUUUUCGCUGCUGCUUGACGCGGUGUGCGAGCUGUUGCUAGUGCACUGGCAACACUUGAAGGAUUGGCUAUAUCAACUCAUGUUUAGGUUACUAAUGAAACUAGGAACGGACAUCCUGGGUUCCGUGCAAAGCAAGAUUAUGAAGACUCUAGAUGUGAUACACGAGUGUUUCCCCGCGGAACUACAACUUCACAAUAUAUUCAGAUUCCUGGCUGAUGGAGCGACAGCGCCCCCUCCUAGGACCAAAAUAGCCGCAUUGCGAUUCUUAGCUGAUCUUGCGAGUGAAUACUGCAUACCUAACAGUCUAGCUGUGGCUUUACAAGGGGGCAGCACUGGCGUGGCCGGAAGGGCAUUGUCAAAGGUCGCCGCACUUGCUAACGACCCAAGAGCGGCAGAUGUCCGCGUCUCGGCACGACGUGCGCUUGCGACACUGUACGACUGUAAUCCAGUACCGUUCACUGCGCUAAUGAGCGAGCUACUUGCAGACAUUCAAGGAUUAGUAAACGGUGUUUUACAGCAACACGUCCGAAGAACAUCAAGCACCGGUAGCGACAGUCCUCUUCGCACGUCAAGUACGACCUCAAACUCCAAUGCUGAAGAUGUAUACUCAAGGAUAAGGAAGACGACGUCAGAGAUUCACACCUAUACAGCCCAACAUGCAAAUGCUGAAUGCGGCAACCACAUGUCAAGCAAAGAUUCUGGCAUCAGUCAAAUGUCAGAUGUGACGUUAUCGGCGCGUGGCCCGAACGCAGUACCGAAUGGACAUUACGCUGGUGAAAUAGGCCGCGCCGCAUCUGCCGAUAGCUCAGAGGAAGCUAAUAGCACGAAGGAAUCAUCCCCAAUCCCACAUAGAGAUUGUGGUCAUACGCACGGUGACUACAAUUCCGGAAACAUGGGACGUGAUAAGAUUAAACCGUACGAAAUUGACGAAAAUGGAUUAUUAAUUACGAAAGCUGGCCUCCGAGAAACGGAGGUACUCGAAGCGUUAAGUAAACUGGAUGUAACCAAAGACCCUUGGGAGCACUCCGAACGGCUGUUUUUGGCAACGCACGAGAUCCUCAAAUACGGCGAGUGCAAGAAGCCGUGCGAGUAUUUUAAAAAUAUAGUAAGGGUGUCACUAGCGGUUAUAACAGUGGACGAUAGCUCCGUAGACAAAGAGAAUUACGAAAAUGCUACCAACGUACAAUCAGGAUGGGGCACCGCCCAUGAGCGUACCGCAGCAGAAGCGGUGAAAGUUCUCAUCUGGCUGUGUCGCCGGCCGGAAACGAGGCCGCAGUGGCUAGAUUACUUUGACCUUAUCCUAUUGAAGCUUAUCAACGCGUACGGGGCACUGAGUAAAGAGGUUAUGCGAGCCAUUGACAACGGCAUGUCGCAUAUCGCCGCUGCGCUGCCAGCCCAUGAGAUGCUCCGGCUCUUGAAACCAGUGAUUAGAACAAGAGGUUACCCAACGUCACUUUGUGCGCUGAAAUUGGCUGCAGAAGUGGCUAAGGCGAGGGGACCAGAACUAACCGACGAGAUCGUCUCCCCCUUAAUGGAAGGGGUAGGACAGUUAGCAGAUCACCAGAACUCGGCUGUUCGCAAGGCGGCCAUAUUCUGUAUGGUCGCCUUCACAUUUGCCCUGGGCGAAGAGAAAAUGCAGCCGCACUACAAACACCUGUCAGUUAGCAAGAUGCGACUCUUACACGUGUACAUCAGCAAGCACAAGGAAGAGGGGAAUAAAGGAGGCGGUUCGUAG